AUGCGCGCCGCGGCCUCCGUCAUCGCCCUGGGCGCCUUCGCCGUCUCGUCCGUCGCGGCCAAGGGCCCCACCUUCCUCGCUUGGAACAACAUCAUGCCUUCAGCAGCUUGGGGUUUCGGACGUUUUCCUUGCUCUGCGGUCCAUGCAAAUGGAUCUUUCUACGGCAACGAGUCGGCGUGCGCAGCCGGAGCGAUGAAGCGUGAGUUCAAACGUAACUUGCCAGGAUUGCUUCUUCGUUCAAAUUUCGACUCGCUAAUGCCGACGUUCUAUUAUAUCAACUUAUCAGUCCCCGGUACGGGUGCAGGAAAUGAGGAAGGGAACCAAGGCGAUGGUAUCAAACCGACCUUGCCUCAGUGCUCUCGGUUCGGGCGCAGCGGGUCCGUCCAUCGCAAAAGUUCUUCCCCCAGGAUCCUUCCAUCUGACCCUUCUUGUUUUUCUGAUUCAUAGUGCCUAUUUCUGUGGUGUCUCUCGCGCUCGGUUAGUCUGGUCUUGUCACGGGGUGCAGGACCGACUCGGGACAUCACACCUCCUGAGCUCGGACCGCUUCCUUUGCUCCCGCCGUGCACGGACUUGCUCAUGCUGACCUUUGUUCCGCACACCAUGUCGGGAUAGCUGCAAGACGGACGCCAACUGCGACAAUGGGUUCUGCCACGAUGGUCGAUGCGGGUCAGUCUGGUAGUUUUCGACGACUUCAAGUGAAACGCGAUGCCUGACACCUUUUGACAUAUCCUCACGCGCAGCGGUGGCUUCGGCUACAAAUGCAAUGGCGACGACACGGUCUGCUCCGGUUAUCUCUACUGCAACGCUCAAAAAUUUUCGAGAACCGCUGCCGGGACAUGUGGAGGACUUGGCUCGUUCUGCCAAGUAAGUAUUGCAUGCCGCCUUCUGGAACUGCAGACCCAGCAGACUCACCGGCGGUUUCUUUCCUGA